AAUUUCUUCGAAAAGAGGGUCGGAGAGUACCAGAAGGCCUCCGUCAUGUCCAGCCUCAACGGUAACGGCGGUGGGACCCAUGUUUUCAAGUUGGACGAGGAUUUCUGAAUUUGUAACAUUUGUGUGGUUCUUUUAUUUGUUCUAAAAUUGUGCAUUUUUCUGUCCCGUAUAUUAGUAAUGAUAAGAAAAAAUACGGAUAAAUUUUCGUAAAAUGCUGUUCUCUCAUGUCUAUAUAUCUAACUUUCGUUUCAAUAUUCUGUUUCUUGUCAAUUUUUCUGGAACAAAUUCUCCUCUGUACUUUAGAAACUACUGUUAAUUUCCCGUUGUCCACUUUACCCUUUUCCCUACGUUCCAUUAAAUUCCAUAUCGAGGAAUAAACUACCUUUUGCCCUUUUUUUACAAUUCGUCACUGGGUUUGGGGAAAAGGACAACGUUCUGGCAGAAACUGAAGUGAAGAAUAUCGAUAACGGGAAUUUUAUCUAAUCGUGUGCACGUCAAAGACGACCAUUCGAGCAGGGAAAAGCUUCUGGGGUCCAAAAAUGGCCGUCUCAACUACGACUACUCCGCAGCUGCAGAGCCCCGGAUUCCUCUCUAGAGAACAGUUGCUCCAUCUCUUCAACCGCUUCUCUUUCCUCACUUCCCUGCCUGAUGUGAAGAAAAGGAUUGCAGACGCUGUUGAGGAUAAGCACGAAGCUGUAGCUGUAACCACUGCAAUCCAAGAGGAGAUAUUUCUGGAGAUGGGUGUUGAUCCAGCGUUUGGUUUAUCAUGCCUGGGGAAAGUGAAUGUGGUUUUUGAGAAUGAUCAGGAUUUGAUGAUUCGCUUUUAUAGAUUUCUUGCAAAGGAAGAGAUGGCCUGUGAUGAAGCUGAGCUUGGACCAGAGGAAUUUGCAGAAAGAAUUCUUAGUCAACAGAAACUGCAGGAACAGCAACUGGAGAUGCUAAAGCACAUGCGCAAAUUUCACUUGGAUGACCAAUCUGCAAUUCUUGAGAAGUUGCAUCAGCAGAUGGAAAAUGACAAUUAUGAAGGGGGCUCAUCGGUUUUGUCAUCUGAACAGAUUCAGGAGAUUGUUCAAAGAAGGGUGUCACCUUUGUUUAGGCCAAGGUAGUUCGGGAUUAAAAUAUCACUCGUGGUGGUUGUAGUUAUCACUCGUGAUAUGCAUAAUGGAAUGUUAAGACUUU